UAAAUACUAAUCAGUAAUCAGUAUUCAGAAUAAUCAGAUAAUCAAUAUUCUGCAUUCUUUAUUUCAACGUUUUCUUGAUCAUUGGUCCAGUUCUUAGGCUCUUAAAUCUUUAGUAAAUAUAAAUUAUCAGUCAUGAGUGAAACAUUGAAAAUGUUAAAAGAACAAUCUAAAAUAAGAAAAAAAUUAUUGGCCAAAACGCUGGGGUUUUCUGACGUUCAACAAUUACGACGAGCUUUAAAUACUCAUAGAGAGAGUAUGCCAGUGAGUUCCGUUCGUAAAGUAAUAAAUAAAUUUAAUGCCCAACCUAAGAGUCCAGAACAUGCAUACAAUGAUUCGUCAACAUUUCUCAAAGGUACACAAUCAUCAAAUCCACACAAUGAUUAUUGUCAACAUUUUGUUGAUACUGGUCAACGCCCACAAAAUUUUAUUAGAGAUGUGGGCCUUACUGACAGAUUUGAAGAAUAUCCUAAGCUGAGGGAAUUGAUUCGUCUAAAGGAUGAACUUAUACAACAAACUGCUACUCCUCCAAUGUUUCUAAAAUGCGACCUAAGCACAUAUAAUUUAAAAUCAUUAAACAUAAAAUUUGAUGUUAUACUUAUCGAGCCCCCACUUGAAGAAUAUCAACGAACUUUGGGAGUAACCAAUACAAAAUUAUGGAAUUGGAAACAGAUAAUGGACCUAGAAUUAGGCGAAAUAGCUGCUAACCGUAGUUUUAUUUUUCUCUGGUGUGGUUCAUCUGAUGGUUUGGAUAAAGGCCGUGAUUGUUUACGUCGGUGGGGUUUUAGACGCUGUGAAGAUAUUUGUUGGAUUCGAACAAAUUCCAAAAACCCUGGACAUUCAAAACACCUAGAAUCAAAUGCUGUUUUUCAACGCACUAAGGAACAUUGUUUGAUGGGUAUCAAAGGGACAGUUCGUAGAUCUACAGAUGGUGAUUAUAUUCAUGCUAAUGUUGAUAUUGAUUUGAUUAUUAGUGAAGAGAAUGAACACGGUUCAAUAGAAAAACCUGUUGAAAUAUUUCAUAUUAUUGAACAUUUUUGCCUGGGAAAAAGAAGAUUACAUUUAUUUGGCCGAGACAGUACUAUACGCCCAGGAUGGCUUACUUUAGGACCUGAAUUGACUAAUUCUAAUUUCAACACAGAAAUGUAUAAUGGAUAUUUUAGUAAUGGUCAAUUAACCACUGGUUGUACUGACCGUAUUGAGGUACUUAGACCUAAGUCUCCUCCGCCUAAAUGUAAAAUACCUAUAGGAAUAAGAAAAAGUAACCUUUGUAUGAAUAGAGUUAGAGGAAGAAUUUAAUAAUUAUUUUUUAUUAUAAAAGACUGGUAUUUAGAAAAAUUUGUUAUAAUUUUAACUUGAACUAUA